AAUCAAAUUCAUGCCAUGGUGUCUGUGUCUCUUUUACAGAAGAGCUUUUUGGCUUUCCUUUUCGCAAUGGGCGUCAUAGUGACACUGGGUGAUGCGAGCUGCUUUAGUAAACUGAAUAAGCCAGGGGAGGGUCACGAAGGCUGCAUCCUGGAUGGAAAGCUAUACCCUUUCGGAGACAUUGCAAGGACAGAAAACUGCUACAGAUGCUCCUGCAGACGAGAUGCAAUACGUUGUUGCUCCCUCUUUCAUACGCCUGUUAAUUAUGACAAAGAGAACUGUAAAGUGAUUUUCAACAAGGAAAACUGUGACUAUGAUGUGGUGCAGAAGAGUGACCCCUCAAAGGAAUGCUUUGUCUAUUCUCGUGUGGGCUAAAAUCCUACCUUCUCUGAACCACUCUGCCCUGUGGAAUUCCUCCCCUUCCUACAGGAAUGUGCCAUCACAGAGAAGCUAAAAGUCAUGGGAAAUCUUGUAAGAGAGAAUACUUCAGCAGCUCACUUUUAAUCUUCUAAUUGUUCUAAUUCAGUAUACAAGAUGCAAUCAGACAUAAUGUCUCAUUUCUGUCAUUACUUGCAUUGCUGUUCCUGGGCUUUUUUGAAUACAAUAAAUCCAGAUGAAACAUCCAGAAAUGCUCCAUGAUUAUUGUUCUUUUUAUGCAAAUAACCCUGGGCAAUGUCACCUUCUUUGAGAAAGGAACAUAUUUGCCUCAGUACAUGCUGUGCACAAGUGCCCUGGCACAAGCCGCUCUCAUGCGUUGCAGGUUCUGUUCUAGCCAAGAGUUAGAGCAGACAUAUUAGAUCACUAGUUGUUAAAAUCCAUUGUUAUUUGGAAGGAAUCACUGUUUAGGACAUGGUGUACAAUGACUCCUACUCAGG